AGGAAGGCAGGAAGAAAUUUUUGGUUUUUUAAUCCUCCGAUCCUUUAGCCGGCGAAGAACCCUAAUUGCGCCCCAAUCCAAUCGUGGAAUCUGAUCGACGUGGGCGCGGGCGAUCCGCCAUGACCUCCCCCUUCGCCUUCCUCUCCGUGCGUCGCCGUCGGUUUCCACUCGCCGGGGCGUUCUUCGCCCCGGGCGGCCUUUCUGGCGCCGCUCUCAUCCACGCCCUCGCCGCCCUCUGCUCCGAUGUCGUGGCCGCCGCCGGCCGAUGCAACUUUCGGUUCCAGCGCUACAACGCCCGCUCCCUCGUCCUCAAGAUCCGGGUUCUCGCCGCCCUUUUUGAAUCCCUCAAGGAGUCCUUGACGCCGACGGCCUCCUCUUCCCUCCAGCCGCCGCGCUUCACGGCCUCCGCGGUUCUCUGUCUCCGCGAGCUCUAUAUCUUUGUGUACCGCGCCAAGCUCUUGCUGGAAUACUGCUCCCAGUCGAGUCGGCUCUGGCUUUUGCUGAGGAAUCCUCAGAUCUCUGGGAAUUUCCACGACAUCGCCCAGGAGCUAGCCACCGCGCUCGACGUCCUCCCGCUCUACAGUCUUCGGCUCGCCGAUGACGUCUGUGGGCUGAUCGAUCUCCUCCGUGUCCAGUGCAAUCGAUCCAAGUUCUUUGUCGACCCCGACGAUGAAGAGCUACGGUGUAAGAUCCACUCUUUCUUGGCUCGAUUUGAGACCGGGGAGGUUCCGGAUCCGGCGGAGCUCCGGAACACGUUCGUCAAUCGUCUGGGAAUCCAGGAUGCUGGAGUUUGCCGGACGGAGAUUGAGUUUUUGGAGGAGCAGAUGCUUAGUCAGGACGAAGACAUCGACCUUUCGGUCGUAAGCGGAGUCAUCGCGCUUGCCCGGUAUUGUAGAUUCUUUCUGUUCGGGUUCCACGAGGUGGAAGUCGGUAAGCCUUUCGUCGAAUUGUAUAAAUUCUCGCGGAAGCGACUGUUGAGUCAGGGGAGUAGCUUGCGAGAAGGAAGUGGUGAUUUCUCCAUGACAAUCCCGAAGGACUUUUGCUGCCCGAUUUCUCUUGAUCUGAUGAAAGAUCCGGUUGUUGUUUCCACUGGACAAACCUAUGACCGCGCUUCCAUUACCCAAUGGAUUGAAGGACAUCGUACUUGCCCUAAUUCAGGCCAGACUCUUUCUCAUAACAGGCUUGUGCCAAACCGAGCCCUUAGAAACUUGAUUUCUCAAUGGUGUGUUUUUUAUGGACUUCCAUAUGAAACCCCUGAUGGUUCUGGAGUUUCCAUUGAGAGCAUUACUGCAGCAUGCGCCAGUAAGGCAGCUAUUGAAACCAACCGAAUCACAGCGCUAAUGCUGGUAGAGCAGUUAUCAGCUGGUUCACAGGAAGUGAAGGCAGUUGCAGCCCGUGAACUUCGAUUGAUGGCAAAAACUGGGAAGGAGAAUAGGGCUUUCAUUGCAGAGGCUGGAGCAAUCCCAGCUCUCUGCCAGCUUUUCCGGUCUACAAAUUCAGUUGCUCAGGAGAAUGCCCUGACUGCAAUAUUGAACAUAUCCAUUCAUGAUGGAAACAAGAGAAGGAUUAUGGAGGAAGACGGUUGUUUGGAAUUAAUAGUUUAUGUUCUGAGACAUGGGUUAACUACUGAGGCGAGGGAGAAUGCAGCUGCUACAUUGUUCAGCCUCUCUGCUGUCCAUGAAUUCAAGAAGAUGAUCGUGGACGAGCAGGGUGCUGUUGCUGCACUAGCUGAUUUACUGAUGCAGGGAAACCCAAGGGGGAAGAAAGAUGCUGUGAUGGCCUUGUUUAAUCUUUCGACCCACCCUGAGAGCUGGUCCCGAAUGUUGGAUAUGGGAUCAGUUUCGGCAUUGGUGGGAGCACUAAGAGAUGAAAUUGUUGCUGAGGAAGCUGCUGGAGCUCUGGCAUUGCUUAUGAGGCAUCAGAUUCUGGCACAGACAAUUGGAAGUGAGGACACUGUGAUCACAAAUUUGGUAGGGUUAAUGAGAAGGGGAACCCCCAAGGCAAAGGAGAAUGCAGUUGCAGCUUUGCAAGAGAUGUGCAGACGUGGAGGACCCAAUGUGACACAAAAUGUAGCUAAGAUGCCAAUGCUUUGUGGUUUGAUUCAGACCAUCUUGCUAACUGGCACAAAGAGAGCUAGAAGGAAAGCUGCAUUGCUUGUUAGGAUGUGCCAGAGAUGUGAAUCAACAACAGCCGCGCAUGGGAAUGAUUGGAAUAUAAAUAGUACAUUGGCGAGAACUAAUUCCUUGAGGGGUUCAAAUUACAGGAGUGGAGAUGUGUCUGUCUCCAUGUCCAUGGCAAUACAAGUACCUGUGCUAUGACCUUGAUGUUCAUUUUGCACUUGUCAUGUACAUCACUCCUGAUAGGGCUUCACACAACAAGGCAGAUAUCUUAAUCAAUCUGCACUUCCAACAACAGAGUGAUAUCUUAGUUCUGAAGGUGUUUACAAAUGUGCUAUUGUUAGAAAGAAUUGGCAUUUGUGAAGAUUUCUCAGUUCUAUGAUUCUGUAAGAAUUUUGUUUAGAAAAAAGAAUCUGUCUGUAAUAUUUUUGUAUUUUAUAAAAAAAUAUAUAUAAAGGAUAAACUAGACAAUCGUCCCUACAAAGGUAGCUGUUUAGUGUUCUCAAUUAAAUCUCGAAUCCUCUUGAGCUCAUAUUUUGGCCUGGAGCAUCAAAAUAUUUUAUUUAAACA